GUUGCAUUGCGACUUUUGACCCGAUUUCCCCCCCCCCCAAUCGCUCGUUGCUCUUGCUGUGAGGUUGAUGGCGUCGUCUGGUCCGCAGCCCGCUGGAUCGUGGUCUGGGCUGUUCAAGAGCACUGCGUCCCAACAGGCAGACGCUGGCGUCGCCCAGCUGGCCAAUGCAGUCGCAGCAAGACUUUCGCUCAAGGAGACCGAGCCAACGCGCAAUCCGACCGCCGACUCCGACUCGGACUCGGACGCUGACGCUGCUCCUUCUCCGGUUGCGCUGCUGCCCAUGACAUUGCCAGUGACGUCGCGUGUGCUGGUGCGCAAAAACCGGCGUGGAAACGUCGUUCGGCUCGUUCGUGAGCACUACCUGCGCAAGGACAUUCCGUGCCAGUCGCCGAGCUGCGCUGCGUGUGCUCGCGUCAUGGCUGCCACACGCCAAGCAGCUACAGAUGGAACGACGACGACGACGACAUUGAGACAAUCAAGGGAAACGGACGGCGUCGCUCAGUCACUGCUGCCGAUGCUGCCUCCCAAGCCGUCGCACUUGCUCAUCCCCGACGUCCAGGCGACACGAGAUUACCUCGAAUUGUUUCAGGAGCCAGACAUGACGGGAAUCGUGUUUGCCCAGACCUGUGCCUUCCAUAUCAUGAACCAUGGCACGGGGAGAGAGUACAACAAGCUGCGCGGUAUUGUCAGUGAUCCCCGACACGCAUCCAUCGUGUUUAGCAACGAAAACAGUGUCGACACAUUCUCUCCUCGGCGACCAGAGGGCGAAUCCCUCGAGCAGCACGGCUCGCGGCUGGUCCUGCAGAUGGCGCUGUACUAUCUUCGCCAUCUUCCGGGCGAGUUUCCCAUUGUGGUCGUGAAUGAUUCCAUCAACGACGCUACCCAAAUUUUCGGCGCACUGGCAUCUGGGUUGUCGGCGCGCGACGCUGCGCGUAUUCGAGUGCAAACCAUGGCCGACUACCUGGGCGAGUUUCAUGCCGCAAACUCCGUCCUCCGUGAGACGCAGCAUUCCAUUCGAUUGGCAUUGGAUGAAGUUGCAGCACUGCAUACUGCCGACGCGGUGGUCGACCCAGAAUCCAUGGAUACGGCGCCAACGCUGGCCUCUUCUGCUGGUCCGGCAACCCUGGCCUCGUUGCAAGCUGCAGUGCAAUCCUAUCCACAGUACCUGUCCGCCGAGGAAGCUGACGAAGAGGUACGCGCAGGGCGUCUUGUGCGCGGGACAUUGCAAGUCUCGCGUGGCAACGCUCAGAUCGAGGCGUUUGUCAAGCGCUCGCGAGCCUCCUGGACGGCACGGUCUACAGCCACAGGAUUGAACGAAGCCCCACAGCCUGAGACGGCGGAUGGACAGAAUUCCUCCGCCAAGACCAUUUUCGCAGCCAUCGAUGAAGGAAAGGGCAUGUCACCCGACGACAUUCUCGUUCUCGGGAUGCGCGACCGAAAUCGUGCUUGUCAUGGCGACGUUGUCGCUGUCGCGCUUCUUCCGAAAGCGCAGUGGCAGUCGCAGGCGUCGCUCGCUCGGCUUGGAAAGCAAAAGGGGUCCGUGCCGCCGUCCGACAACAACGCCCUUUCGCAACAGCUCAUUCCAACGGGCCGAGUUGUUGCCAUCGUCCAGCGCCAAUGGCGGGAUUACGUCUGCACAAUCGUGCGGGACAGUGCCGCUGCUCAGAGCACGUCAACCAGCUUGGCGUCCACUGGCGCCAAUGUCUCUCGCGUGCUUUGUGUCCCGAUGGAUUCUCGCAUCCCGAAAAUCCGCAUUGCGACACGCCAAGCUGUUCAACUCGAAGGACAGCGGCUCGUCGUUCGCAUCGAUCGGUGGGAAUACAACUCGCAGUACCCAACGGGGCAUCUGGUCAAUUCGCUCGGCCCCAUCGAGAACUUGGACACGGAGACGGCAGCGAUUCUGGUCGAGCACGAUAUUGUGCUCAAUCCGCCAAGCGAACGGCAACUCCAAGAGCUUCCGGUGCACACGCCCGAAUCCCCGUGGCAGCUUCCGCCCGAUCAAGCUGCAAGGCGACGAGACAUUCGCGACAGUCUCGUGAUGAGUAUCGACCCCUUGGGCAGCAAGGACGUCGAUGAUGCAUUGUCUGUUCGCCGUCUCACCCCUGCUGAGCAGCAGUAUCAGACGCGACACCUCGCCAAAAAGCGCCAGGCCGCAAAGGAAGCACCACUGUCCACAGCCCCAACCUACGAGCUUGGCGUGCACAUUGCCGAUGUCUCGUAUUUUGUCAAGGAGAAUUCGCUGACUGACGUGGAGGCCCGUGCGCGCUCCACCACCAUCUACCUUGCAGACCGCCGAUUUGACAUGUUGCCCGCGGUUUUGAGUGAGCAGCUGUGCUCGCUGCUCUCCUGCGAGGAUCGAUGCGCGAUGAGCGUGAUUUGGAUUUUGGAUGAGAAUUAUGACAUGCUCGACGUGUGGUAUGGUCGCACGCUCUUGCGGUCCUCGUUUCAGCUCUACUAUGAGCUUGCACAGGACAUUGCGACCCACGCCAAGCCUGAUCCCGAGCUGGCCGAGCUCGUUCGUGAGCUGCGCACGGACAAGUCUCUCACUGCUGCAGCCAAGCUAGCCAAGAUUGCUCUGAUGCGCGAGGCCAUCCAGUUGCUGAUGCAAGUUGCUCGCAAGUUCCGGGCAGACCGCAUUGCGAAUGGUGCUCUGGAGCUGGAGGGAACUGAAAUUCGCUUCAAGUUUGACGAAAAUCACACCAUUACCGACGUUGUGCCAAAACGCGAAUUGGAGAUUCACAAAACAGUGGCGGAAGCCAUGAUUCUGGCCAACCACUAUGUUGCGCGACAGAUUGCCACCGUUUUCCCAACACAUGCACUCCUCCGCCACCACACUCUGCCAUCAAAGUCAAACCUAGAUCGCCUGGUUGCCGUGGCCACCGCGUGUGGCUUUAGUAUGGACGUGACCAGCAACAAGACGAUUGCGGACUCGCUCGAUGCGUGCGUGGUGCCCGGCGAUCCGUCCGUCAACAAGAUGAUUCGCACACUGGCCACUCAGGCCAUGUCCGAGGCUGCCUACGUCUCGACAGGCAUGGUGCAACCGUCCGAGCUCUACCAUUAUGGCUUGGCUCUGGACUAUUACACGCACUUUACCUCGCCGAUUCGUCGCUACGCCGACGUGUACGUGCAUCGACAACUCAUGGCCUCCCUGGCAGCCGACAAUCCCCAGCGCGAAGAGUAUCAAAUGCUGAGCAACCCCAAUCUUUCUGCGCUGGCGGACCACAUCAAUGUCAAGCAUCGCAUGUCCAAGGUCGCCCAGGAAGCAUCGACCGAAAUGUUCCAGGCCCUGUACUUUAAGGCGCGGCUGGAAGAUGAUGAUGCUCGGCGCCUUGCCCAAAGCGGAGCAGCCGUUCCAGAAAAGGAGGAUGAAGCGCGUUCCAAAGUUGUCGCAGACGGCAUUGUGUGUGCUCUUCGUUCCGACUCUGCCACCGUUUUCGUUCCCGAUUAUGGUGUCAAGGGCAACGUACAUUUCGUCGAUGCCGCAGGGCACGUCCAGCUCCCUGCGACGUUUGCUUCGGCUGCGGCUCUGCCCGACGCAUCAAGCUUGGUUGGCGGGACGAUUGAGCGGCGACCCGAAUCGCUCGUUGUCACAUCGCCACACCUUGACAAACCUUUGACUGUCAAACUUUUUGAUCAUUUGACUGUCAGAGUGAUGCUUCACCGAUCCCAAAUCCAUCGCGACACGUUGCGCCUUCAACUGUUCGGCCCCGCUGCACCACAACAAGCACAGCAACAACAGAAACCUCAGGCUGGAUUUGGCAGCAAGUCGUCCGCCCAGGCGCACGGCAGCAAGCAGUCGUCGCUGACGAGUGUUCCAAAGGCAGCAGAUGCUGAAGCAGCAACGGAUUUGCCAGCUUCUGGCACCUCCGACCGAGCUCCUUCGCUGCCCACGCUUGCCUCAUCCGGCACAUCCUAUCGCCAAAUCCCGAGCAAGGAUAGCUUUUACCAAUUCAUGCUGGAUUUACGUCAGACAUCCGUGCUCGCAGAAAGCUGAAUAACAAUGAUUGUUGCAAUGUCCCAAUUCAAAAAAAAAAAAAUGAAAAUGAAUCAACGG